GGACCCUUGGCUGCAGCGGCUGGAGCUGCUGUUGCGUGUUCGGCCAUGAAAUUAACAAAUUAACGCUACAAGUUCAGGACUUUCACUCCGGGUGACUCAAACACCCCCAGGUUUCCAUGCAAGUAUUGACAAAUACAACCUCAGAUCUUUAGUCAGGCUAUGUCGAUGAAUACUAUACAUGAUCUAUAAAGACUACAAGUAUAUCUAUCGUCAUUGAGUUGCGUGAAGAAACAUGUGCAUGCAAGGAUGAAUUACUUGGACAAGAGUCAUAGACAGGCCGAUACCCCACGCACAUGUAUUCUGCUCCCGCAAGUUUUCUGAACGGACUCCUCGUUACCACAACCAAGUCUCCUACAUAAAGGAACUAUCCUUCCCAAACGCCCGCGCUCAAGCACAAUCGUGCAACAUUUUUGCUGUAGCCAUUAAUCGCAGAGAUGGGGUCUCAAACAGUAGAGUCCGACGGCGCUCGCCAGAAUCUGCCGGUACUAUUCUUCGAUAUAGACAAUUGUCUUUACCCAAAGAGUGCAAAAGUCCAUGAUCUCAUGGCGGAUCUGAUAGACCAGUAUUUCGCAAAGCAUCUGGGCGUGACAGAGGAGGAAGCAAUCCGCCUGCACAAGGAAUACUAUCAAAGUUAUGGCCUGGCAAUCGAGGGUUUAGUACGGCAUCACCAGAUCGACCCGCUAGAAUACAAUGCCAAGGUUGACGAUGCCCUGCCAUUGGAGGGUAUCAUCAAGCCUAACCCCCAAUUGCGGAAAAUGCUGGAGGAUAUCGACACGAGCAAGGUUAGACUUUGGCUGUUGACAAAUGCCUACGUCAACCAUGCCAAGCGGGUGGUGAAACUCCUAGAGAUUGAAGAUCUUUUCGAGGGUUUGACAUACUGCGAUUACUCGUCCAUUCCGAUCAUAUGCAAGCCACACAAAGAUAUGUUCGCCAAGGCGAUGAGAGAAGCAGGAGUGGGCCGGUCCGAGGACUGCUACUUUGUCGAUGAUAAUUACGGUAACUGCAUAGGUGCCAAGGAAAUCGGCUGGACAGCCGCACACCUAGUGGAGGAAGGGCUGAAGGUUCCACGAACACCUGCUUCACAAUAUCAAGUCCGGCACUUGGAGGAACUACGCAACGUCUUCCCGCAGUUCUUUAAACCCACGAGCUGAAUUAGCUGUCCGAGAAUACAGCAAAACAGUCACCGCCUAGGCAUGGUCAGAAAGGGGGGAAGGGGGUUCAAGGCGUAUGGCGACAUGUCGCAAAGUAUCAAACACUGGCUUCCCAUACAGACGUACGA